CGAGAGAAAUAAAACAAAUGCCAGAGCUGCGAACAAAAACUACAAACUAUACAUCAGAACACGAGAAUCUCUACAUGUAGUUACGAAUUUUCCACUCGAAGGAGAACAACUCUGAUUCUGGCUUGAAGUUUUCCCAAAAAAAAAACAAAAACAAAAAUCAGAAAAGAAAAAAGAAAAUUUUCAGAGAAAAAUAGACCAAAGACGGCCUCAAAAUUAAGACCCAGGGAAAGUACGGAGUGACGGCCACAGCGGCUGCCCAAAUCCUCUGCGAGGAUGUGAGGAACUUCAGCACCCGGCGCCGGAACAUCCUCUACCUGAUGCAUCGGUAUCUGGUGGAGAAUGGCUUCUAUUCGAGUGCCGAGGCUCUGAAGAACGAGGGCCGGCUCUCCGAGGAGUUCGAGCUGUGCGACAACAUCGAUCUGGAUGGCAUGUAUCUGGAGUACGCCAGUUUCUUCAACAUGAAGUUCGGCAAGUAUCCGAAAAUCCUCAAGAAAAUUACUCCCAAAAUCAAGGUGGAGAUGGCUGGGAAGCCGCAGCAGACCCAGCCCCAGCCCCAGCAGGCGGGCAAGGCGCCUGGGGAGAAGGAGAAGCCAACGAACAAGAUGUCCCAGCCGGAAAACUCGGUGGCCAACUGGCACAUCAGUGUGGGAGCUGCCACGGCGGCCGUGAAGCUAAAUAAUGAUCCGGAGGCGCCCUUGCAGAUCAAGAAGAUGGAGACACCGAGCGAGAGUGCGCCGGAAAACCCAAAUCUCAACCGGAUGGUGGGGGAGAUCGAACACGGGCACUUGGGCGGAGACGAUGCCCUGUUCUCCUCCCUGGACUGGCAGUCUCUGGCGGAACUGGUCAAGACUUCUAUCCUGAGGGAGGACAUCAAGCUGAAGUGGUCGGAUGUGUGUGGCAACCAGCGGGCCAUAGAGCUGAUCAAGGAGGCGGUGAUAACCCCCAUUGAGUAUCCCCAGCUCUUCGCCCACGGCCUGAAGCCGUGGCGGUCUCUGCUGCUCCAUGGACCGCCCGGAAGCGGAAAGACUCUGCUGGCCAAGGCCCUCUACUCGGAGACCCAGGGCCAGGUGACCUUCUUCAACAUCACGGCCAGCAUCAUGGUGAGCAAGUGGCGGGGCGAGUCGGAGAAGAUCCUGCGAGUCCUCUUCCACAUGGCCGCCAAGAGGGCUCCCUCGGUCAUCUUCUUCGACGAGAUAGAGAGCUUGACUUCGAAGAGGGAUCGGGCCACGGAUCACGAGAGCUCCAAGAGGUUCAAGAACGAGCUACUCCAGCUGCUGGACGGGAUGGAGCACACUCUCAAAGGAGUUUUCGUCCUGGCCAGCACCAACCUGCCCUGGGACAUAGACGAGGCCUUCCUCCGGCGCUUCGAGAAGAAGCUACUCAUCCAACUGCCCAAUCCGGCCGAGAGGAGCUGCCUGAUUGGACGUCUCUUAGGUACUACCAUCUCCCUGAACGCCAGACUCCUGGAGAGCCUCGUCAAGAUAUCGGACCAGUUCACCGGCGACGAGAUCCGCCUGGCCUGCAAGGAGAUCAGCAUGCACCGGGUGAGGUGCGCCACGAAGCUCCCUGGUGGCCAGGCGGCCAAGGAGCCACAGGCCCUGAUCGAAGCCAAUGUGGAGAAGGCCUUCCGGCAGGUGCGUCCUUUGGGCCAGAAGCUCCUGGCCAAGCACGAGCAGUGGCAGCAGGAGAACGGCUCCUAGGAAGGGGCACCUUCCCAUCCCCCUUUCCUAUUAUUUUACUAAAAAAAUUUAAUAAUAAAUUGAUUAUGUUUGAAGGAAAA